AGAACGUUGACUGCGCACAAAAACUCAGUGUGGACACAAUGAAGCUUACAGUGGGUUCUACCUUGGGUUCUCUUCUCUGUUUGGUUCUUUGCACAGUCAGUCUAGAUCACAGCCAGAUCCAAGUUUAUCCAGAAACAGGUGGAGUCUCUGGGGUUUUUAUGGCAAUGCUAAAGAACAAAAAGUACAGCUUCAAUGCCACUGCAGCCGCAGAGGUGUGCACAUCUCUCGGCGUUAGAAUAGCUACCAGAGCUGAAGUGGAAAUGGCACAAAGCAAGGGCUUACAGACAUGCAGGUUUGGUUGGGUUAAGGAGCAAAUUGCUGUAGUUCCUCGAAUUGAGGGAAAUGAGAAGUGCGGUCAAAAAAAAGUUGGAGUCAUUCCUUGGGCUGUUUCUACGAGCACAGUGUUUGAAGUGUAUUGCUUCAGUGCAACAGGUCAAAGCGAAGCAACGACACUCACUACUCCAAGAAUAACAACGCCAGUUGGCAGCAGUCUUCAACCUAAAGCAACCUCCUCAUUGCUCAUUCAGUCUACUCUAUUUAACAAAAACCUCCUCUCUCCCUCCACAUCCCUUUCCUCUAGUUUCAGCACCUCUGCAUCCUCCGCAUUCGUUCACUCCACCGUCAGCACUGCAGCUAUUAGAAGCCCCCAUUCAGCCUCACCCUCUAUUGCUCUGCAGCCACUCUCCACCUCUUCUACCUCCUCCUCCUCCUCCUCCUCCUCCUCUUCUGCUGCGACCUUCUCCUCUACCAUUCCUUUCACACAUCCAUUCACCUACUCUUCCUCUCUAAACACCCCUACAUCUAAUCAGACAGAACAGCCCACACAUCCACCACCCAGAGCAUCCUUUGGAGAAGUUCCUAUGGCAUGUGUCAUCAUUGCUGCUAUGCUCGUCUUCAUGGCAGCGGCAGGUGCUAUUUGGUACUUUAAGAUUAAACAAGCUCACCGUCUCCCACAGUGGGUCAGACUCCGACACAAAGACGCUGUAGAGAUGUGGAGUUCCAGCAAAAAGAAAGUGAAGAACAGCUCUCCCGAAGAAAUAACUCUGCAGCUAGAAGACGACACAGAAUCUCCUUAAGACCAGAGUCCAUCUGUCGUCAGUUAACAUAAAAGCUUUUAGGGACUGUAAAGACUGUAAAUAGGUUGUUCAUUGUUUGUUUAGUGCCAUUGUGCCAUUGUAUGUAGAGGAGGUCUACAUUUUAUAUAUAUAUAUAUAUAUAUAUAUAUAUAUAUAUAUACACACACACACACACACACACACACACAUAUAUACAUAUGCAUACACACACACUAAAUUUCCAAAAGCAUUCGCUUGUCACACACAUAUGAAAUUGAGUGACAUCCCAUUCUUAAUCCAUAGGGUUUAAUAUGAAGUCAGUCCACCCUUUUCAGGUGUAACAGCUACAACUCUUCUGGGAAGGCUUUCCACAAGGUUUAGGAAUGUGUUUAUGGGAAUUUUUGACCGUUCUUCCAGAUCGCAUUUGUGAGGUCAGACACUGAUGUUGA